AUGGUCAGCUGCAGGGGCCUGGAGAGGGGGCCCGGGGCCCUGACGAGGCCGGCGCUGCUGCUCCAGGGCCCGGUGGCCGCGUCAGCAGGAAGGCUCGGCGGUCCCGCCCCCGGGGCCUGCCAGGCGCGGGGCGGCCGGCUGGAGGCCGCCGCCCACCCAGGCCGAGGCUGCGGCGUCCGCGUGGGCCGGGGGGAGCCUGAGGGGGGCCAGCGGGGCUUCUGGCGGUUUCCCUCUCCAAUUCCUGCCUCCCCCGUGCCCCCCGUGCAGGAGCGGGGUCCUGCACUUCUCCCGGAGCGCACCCUUCUCUUUGCCCGGGGACCCCUCCCGUCGGUUCUCCCAGCCGUGCGCCCACCUCAGACGUCCUCGGCCCACCUGCCAGCCUGGGCACCCCGGGCCCGGCCCUGCUCUCCCUGCGGGCCGCGGAGACGCCGACUCGGUGCGCCAGGUGCGCCAGAACCCGCUCCUCCCGCGGCUCCUCCGUCCCAGCCUCAGCACAGUUCGCCUCCCAGAGCCUUCGGGGGUCCCGCACGGAACCACACGUGGCAGGACCUGCUGGCUGCUGACCCAGGCCCAGUGUCCCCUCGUCCUCACGGACACGACUUCAGUUUGUGUGGCUCAGUGAAGUUCGUUGUCCCUAUAAAACCUGAUUUCACGCAAGGGGGCCGUGGACACAGUCUCGGCAGCGAGAGGAGAGCGGGGCCUGCCGGGUGGGCUUGCGGGAAAGGCGCGGUCCCCCUGCAGUGGGUGGACGGGCCGGCUGUGUGCUGCGUGGGUGUGGCUUCUGGCCUCCUGCCUGGACACCCCCAUGUGCAUCCUCUCGUGCACGUGUUUCCGGGGCGGGGAAGCUGGGGACCCAGGGGUCCCAUGGGCCCCGCUGAGUGGGCGGCCUGGUCCGGCCCCUGGCUGUGCCACUCACGGGCCACGCUGGGCCCCUGGAUGAGCUCUGGGCCUCCCUGGGCCUGGGUUUCCCCAACCAUGAGUGGACAGUUCCUGCUUUCUAAGGUGACUGUGAGUUCACAGAGGUGACAUUGAAGCACUUAAAGCAGGGACUCCUCCUGCUACCACUCAAAUCACUUUGAAAUGGACCAAAGACCUACAUUUAACAGCUAAAACCACACGAUUCUUAGAAAAAAGAGAGGAGAAAAUCUUCAUGAUCUCGGCUUUGGCAAUGGACUCUUAGAUGUGACACCAAAUAUGAGCAACAACAAAAAAAGAUAAAUUGCCUCAAAAUUAAAACCUUUUGUGCAUCAAUGGCCACUAUCAGGAGACUGAAAAGACAACCCACAGAGAAAGAGAAAAUAUUUGCAAGUCAUAUAUCUGAAAAGGAUUCAUAUCCAGAAUACGUAAAGAGCUCCUACAAAUCAACAACAAAAAACAAACCAUGCAAUUUAAAAGUGGGCAGAGAACUUGAAUAGACAUUUCUCCAAAAAAGAUGUAUAAGUGAUCAAUAAGCGCAUGAAAAGAUGUUCCACAUCAUUAGUUGUUAGGGGAAAUGCUAAUGAAAACCACGAUGAAAUACCAUUCUGUAUCCACUGGGAUGGCUGUUAUUAAAAACCACAACCAAAAAUGGAAAACCAAGUGAUGGGAGCCCCCAGACGUCGUUGUGGGAAUGCACUAACCCACUAGCCAAAAAACCUGUUGGGAUUUUGGGUGGAAUUGCACUGAAUCAUAGUUCAGUUUGGGAAGGAUUGAAG